AUCUUCUUGUUCUUCUUCUUCUUCGAACAUUCGGUCGCUUAAUUAAAAAUAUAAUCCAUUUAUUUAUUUAUUUAUUUAUCUCUCUCUCUAGAGUGAUACAUACAUAUGCUGCUCUGCUCGAUUAUCUUCUCGGGGGGUCGACAUCUCUUAAUUCCACCGCUCGCUCUCUAAUACGUCAAGGGAGCCCUAACAUAAACUAUCAUCUAUUUCUGUAUAUUCUUCUUUCUAAACAUUCAUUUUUUUUUAUUCUUUUCUCGAAACGAUCCUCCUUGAGUUUUAGUUAGCCAAGGAUCUUCAUUUGUUUGUUUGUUUGUUUGUUUGUGUAAAUAGAUAGUAAAUACUGGUUCUAUAUAUAUAGAUAGAUAUCAUAGAUAUAGAGGAGGAAGAGGAAGAGGAAGAGGAGGUACAUGAAAACAAAUUGAUUGAUGGUUUGAGUGCUGGAAGGCGGUCAAUGAGAGACAGCUGUGCUGUGGGCUCAAUCGUUUCCUGUUUGUGGUGGUAGGGAUUCCAUUUGGAGCUUGUGUUCAGCCACCCACCCACCCAGCCUUUUUUGUAUAUAUAAAUAAUUAUAUUUUUCUUCUGCCUGCGAAUGAGGAAAGAUGAUGGUCAGAUAGCCCAGGGCGGUGGCGGCGGAGCUUCACGGCCAGGGCGCUCCAAUGGCUUCCUUCCUACUUCACUCCGUUCUCUUUCAUCUUAUUUGAGGAUUGUAAACUCCGGUGCCUCAUCGGUUGCUUCUACUGUUAGGACUGCAGCAUCUGCGAUUGUGGACAGAGAUAAUAAUAAUAACGAUGAUGCAACCCAAGAUCAGCAGGUACUCUGGGCAGGGUUUGAUAAGUUAGAAUUUGAUGGAGACAAGUCCCCCCGACAAGUUCUACUACUGGGAUAUAGAUCUGGUUUCCAGGUAUGGGAUGUUGAGGAUGCAAACAAUGUGCAUGAAUUAGCGGCUAGACAUGAUGGUCCUGUUUCCUUUGUGCAAAUGCUUCCAAAGCCUUUAGCUUCAAAGAGACCCGGGGACAAGUUUGCAGAAUAUAGGCCCGUGCUGGCAGCUUGUGCCGACAGAUCUCUUCCCGAAGGUGGGGGGAACAUUAUUCAGGAUGCAUUAUUAUUAGCUACUACUCCAUCUACUAGUGCUAUCUAUCCAAACAUCCAUGAGGCUGCAAAUGGUAGUUUUACGCCUACAGUGGUAUGGUUUUAUUCCUUGAAAUCCCAAUCUUAUAUUCAUGUGCUGAAGUUUAGAUCGAUGGUGUGCUCUAUAAGGUGCAGUAGUCGUAUAGUUGCAGUUGCGCAAACAACUCAGGUACACUGCUUUGAUGCUGCAACAUUAGAGAGGGAAUAUACGAUUGUAACAAAUCCCCUGGUUACUACUACUGGCUUUCCUGUUGGAUUUGGUGGUGGUGGUGCUGCAGGCUAUGGGCCUCUUGCUGUGGGGCCAAGAUGGCUGGCGUACAGUGGAAGUCCAGUAACAUUUUCUAGUUCUGGACGUGUCAAUCCUCAAUCUCUUCUUACACCUUCGGCUAGUUUUCCUGGUUCAAAGUCAAACGGGAGUUUGGUUGCACACUAUGCAAAAGCAUCAAGCAAACAGCUUGCUGCUGGGAUAGUCACCCUUGGUGACAUGGGCUACAAGAAGUUGUCUCGCUAUUGCUCCGAGCUUGUACCUGAUACCAAUAAUGCUUCUUCUGUUGUUUCUGGAACUUCUCGCCGGAAAGUUAAUUGGACUGUUAAUGGCCACUUUGGAAACAUAGAGAACGUGGGAAUGGUUAUUGUCAGGGACAUUGUAAGCAAAUCCGUGAUUGCUCAAUUUAGAGCUCAUAAGAGCCCUAUUUCAUCUCUGUGUUUUGACCCUAGUGGGAUGCUUCUAGCGACGGCCUCAGUUCAGGGUCAUAAUAUUAAUGUUUUCCGGAUAAUUCCAAGAGCAACAGGUUGUUCUUCCAGACCUGAUGUUGACGGGUCGUAUCUUCACCUCUAUAGGCUGCAACGAGGCCUUACAAAUGCAGUUAUACAAGACAUCUGUUUCAGUGAUGACAGUAGUGGGAUUAUGAUAAGUACCUCCAAAGGGACAAGCCAUCUAUUUACUCUGCCUCCUCCUCCUUCUCCUCAAUCAUCAUCUGCUAGAAAUGGUGGUCCCAUUAUUACACUCUCUGCCGUUAGCAGAAUAAGAAGUGGAACUAAUAAUGGUUGGAGAAACACAGUAAAUAGUGCUGCGGCAGCUGCCACUGGCAGGAUUACUUCUGAUUGUGGAGGGGGAGGAGGAGCUGCUAUUGCUUCUACUUUCCGCCUAUUCUUCUCAAAUGGUGCAAGUGGUUUGCAUGAAGGUUUAAAGAACCAUCUGAUGGUUUUCUCCCCUUCUGCUGGCUGUCUCAUUGAGUAUGCACUUAAGGAAAUAUCUGGGUUGGAAUCUUCUGCUGCUGCUGCUGCCGCCGUUGCAAUUGGAUUUGGUUCAUCCAGUGAAUUACAAAUGGAGGAGACCUAUCCAGCGGGUUUGGCAGUUGAGGCAGUAAGAAAAUGGAAUAUUUGUCAGAAGCAGCAGCACAUGAGGAGGAGAGCACCACAGGAAGAGAAUAUUGACAUAUAUGGUGAAAAUGGUAAUUCCUAUGGGGUGAAAAUAAUUCCUGAAGAAAUGAGAAAGGCAUGUGAUGAAGAAGAAUGUGGAGGAGGAGGAGGAGAGGUAGGAAGAAGUAGAAGAAGUUUGUCCAGCAUAAGCAUAAACAGUAGCAGCAGCAAUAAGCUCAAGGUCGUCAGUAGUAAGGAAGGGCAGCAUGUGUUUAUGUCAGAAGCAGAGUUACAAAUGCUGCAUGACCCUCGAGUCGCUCUGUGGACUAAGCCAGAGAUAUACUUUCAGCCCAUGUCAAAUAAUAAUAAUAAUAAUAUAAUUAAAAGGCAUGGUAAAGAUGAUGAUGAUGAUGAUGAUGUUCCUCUUGGGGAAAUUGAGAUAGAAAGAAUUCCAUUUUGUACGAUUGAGGUCAGGUCGAAAGAUUUGAUUCCAGUUUUGGAUUACAUUAAUCAACCUCCAAAAUUGUGGCAUGCUAAUGCUAAUGCUGCUGCUACUACUACUACUAGCAGAGAGACUAUAGAACGUGGAAUGGAAUGGAACUGAAGUAAUAAUGUAAAUAUCUUUACACAAAUCUUCUAAUUAAGGAAGCUUGUAGCGCAAGAAAAAAGGCUGAUGAUACUGCUGAACCUUGAUGAAUGAAGAGGUGAGAAGUGGGGGGGGCUUUUCUUUGAUUUGAAACUAAUGGUGUAUUUCUUUCUCAUUGUGUAUAUGUGUAUAUAUGUGACUGGACAAUUGUGUAUCUGUG